AUGGCCAUAUCAUUUAAACCCUUCGCGUCACUAGCGUCGAAGGCGAGUCGAGGCUUUGCUGCUCAUGCAUCUCCGCCUGGUUGUCCAAGACGGUUUGCUUCUGUCGCCCACCCAAAGAGAGAAGGUCCGCUGGAUGGUAUCAGAGUCCUUGAUAUGACGAGAGUAUUGGCUGGGCCAUAUUGUACGCAAAUACUAGGAGAUCUCGGCGCCGAAGUGAUCAAGAUCGAGCAUCCAACCAGAGGAGAUGAUACGAGGGCCUGGGGACCACCUUUCGCCAGGUACUCAAGGGAUAGUCCUAAAGAAGGACCCGGCGAGAGUGCUUACUUCCUAUCUGUCAACCGAAACAAGAAAUCCUUAGCUCUCUCGUUCGCAGAUCCUAAAGGGGUCGAGAUUCUACAUAAACUCGCCGCUUCGUCAGAUAUUCUGGUCGAAAAUUACUUGCUUGGUAGUCUGAAGAAGUACCAGAUGGACUAUGAUACGAUUCACAACCUUAACUCCAGCCUGAUCUACGCCUCCAUAACGGGCUAUGGCCAAAAUGGUCCCUACUCCUCACGCGCCGGCUACGACGUCAUGGUCGAAGCAGAAAUGGGACUUAUGCACAUCACAGGUGAACGAGGCGGCCCACCAGUCAAAGUCGGUGUUGCCGUAACAGACCUCACCACCGGCCUCUACACCAGUAAUGCCAUCAUGGCCAGCCUGAUAGCACGAGGUCGGACCGGUAAAGGACAACAUCUCGACGUCGCUUUAAGUGACUGCCAAGUUGCUACGUUAGCGAACAUGGCGAGCUCAGUGUUAAUUUCCGGAGAAAGAGAUAUGGGCAGAUGGGGAACCGCCCACCCAUCCAUCGUCCCCUACAAAGGAUUCCGCACCCUCGACGGUGAUAUCUUGCUCGGAGGCGGUAAUGACCGUCUGUUUGGCAUCCUUUGCGACAGACUGGGUAAAUCCGCGUGGAAAACAGACAAGCGAUUCAUCAGCAAUAAUUCUCGAGUUGCGAACCGGGUCGAGUUGGAACGGCUCAUCGAGGAGGUUACUAAGACAAAGUCGACGAAGGAGUGGCUGGAUCUCUUGGAAGGAUCCGGCAUGCCAUACGCAGCUAUCAACGAUGUAAUGGAUACAUUGAAUCAUCAGCAUGUGCAAGCGAGGGGGAUGGUGACGCAGGUUGAACAUCAGGAAUGUGGUACGAUGAAACUGGUCAGUCCGCCGGUCAAGUAUAGUGAGAGCGUCACAAGUAUACGGAGUGCACCGCCGAUGCUAGGGCAGCAUACAGAUGAGGUUUUGAUGGGGCUGCUGGGCAUGGAGGAAGCUGAGGUGGAGGAUUUGAGGAAGAAAGGGGUUGUUGCAUAG